GUCGGCCCUACCGAGUGGUGUAAUUUUGUGUCUGUGCAUUGCAUUCGCGCGUCCGUCCGUCCGUCCGCCGCCGCCGCUGCCGUCGUCGUCGGUUGUUUUCAGUCGAUUUGUUUUAUUCUUUAUCGUUUCCGCACUAUUACUAUCCGUCGCUCUCGGACACGUUUUUUGCCAUUAUCGACACACGCUCAUCUUGCGUGCAACACAUCGGUAAUCGUAUUAAGAUAAUUAGACUUGAGCUGUUGGCUGGCGCUCCUCCUCUGGACGACGAUUGUUUUUGCCGCGCGACCACCGCCGUCGCAACACUCGCACGCGACAUUGUCGUAUCCGACACUUCGGCAAACACUAUGCUCCGGCCGUGGGCAAACGCCGUAGCCGCGCACGACAGACGUGACUACGUCUCGACCGCCGCCGUGCCGACUCGUUGUUAACGACACUCGCGUGUGUGUGCGUAAUCCCGUCCGCGGCGGGCACACGCAGCGGAGAACCGUCCGAGGAGGACAUCUCACACUCUCUUUCUCUCGGGCUCCCGUCGAGUCCGCUGUCCGCGUCGUCGACGAGAGCGAUUUUUUUUGGUUUUUGUCGAGACCGCGACAUCGCAUUGACCACCGCCUCCGCUGCGACAUGGUUCUGUUCGACAACCUGUUCGGGUUCCCGGGGCUGCCGGGCUGCCUGCCGUACUUCUCGCCAUCGCCGUCCGCGACCGCCGGGCGACGGCCCGCGUCAACGACCAUGCGCGGCGUGUCGUGCACUAAGAUCACGUCGUGCCUCACGCUGGUCCUGCUCAUCUGCUUCGAGACGGUCCUGCUGUCCACCGUCAGCGAUUGCACCAAGUCAUUCACCGUGCACUGGAACACGUCGAAUUCAAUAUUCCGGAUAGACAACACGGAUCACAUAAUCGACGUGAACAAAGGAAAUCAGCCUUUCGAAUACGACCAAGUGAACAUCGUGUGUCCUGUGUACGCGCCGGGAACGCACGAGUCGGACGCCGAAAAGUACAUCAUUUACAACGUGUCCAAGGAGGAAUACGAUAUGUGCCGAAUCACUAAUCCCAAUCCAAGGAUCAUAGCGUACUGCGACAAGCCGUACAAACUUAUGUACGUCACCAUAACAUUCCGGUCGUUCACGCCUCAGCCUGGUGGACUCGAAUUUCAGCCAGGACAAGACUACUAUUUCAUUUCCACUUCGUCCAAGGACGACAUUCACCGCAGAAUCGGUGGACGCUGCUCCACCAACAAUAUGAAAGUCGUGUUUAAGGUGUGCUGCCGACCAGAAGACCAACAGAACAACCAGAACUUAGCUCCCCGACCAACGCAAAACGCCGGCAACCCUCAGCGGCUACCAGUGCCAGGCAGCACGCACGGAUAUCCGGCCCGACCUCCGUCUGUGUACGCGUCGUCCACACAGCAACCAUCGUUGGCCGGCAAGCAGCCACCGUUCGGCGCCACCGGACCGUCAGUGCACAACAACAACAAGCCAUCAUUCAAAAAAUCAUCCGAAUACGACAAGCAUCCCAAUGAAGUGGUCAAGAACGAAGAGCUCACUUACAACGGUGCCAAGACGACUGUCGCCAGCAUUUCGGCAAAGGCGUUGAUGGUUUUAGUCCUCGUAACCAUCUUCGCUUAUGAACGGAUCAUACUUCGAUAGACAGUAUAGCCGGAUCCCCUCUCACCGAUCAUCAAACACUCCACGAGAUACGUCAAACGUAUAUCUAACGUAAGAGUAAUAUUAUGUGGCAUAUUAUUAUUAUUGCAUUAUUGACAACACACUGUGUAUAUACCUACCUAAAUGGUG